CUGAGGAACUGAAGAGGGUGAACUGAGUGGGCCCUCUCGACACAGCGGCCAUUUUACAGAGGGGAACCGGUCCUAAAAGUAACUAACAUAUGACUGGGGACAAGUGGGGUGAAAGCGCCACAUAAGGAUUGUGAGAUCACUUCGUUCUCAAUGAAUCACCAUAAUCCGCCUGCAGCAUGAAAAGCUGGAGCAGGAAACUCAGGAGUCAAGAGGCUGACAGUGUGGUUGGGUCCUCCUCUAGUAAGAGGGACUCCAUAAGAGAUCCACCAGUGCCUAUGUGGGUGACUCACACACCCACACCGGAUAAUAUCACGGAUGACGAUGAUGAUGACGAUGACGACCACACAUCCAGCUCUCCACAUCAUGCAGAGACAGAGAAAAAAGGGGGCAUGAAGGAAAGACUGAAGUCCCUCCUCCCUCCCUCAUGGGGAGGCUUUGCACACAGACAGGCAGGAGAAAGUGACAGUUUAAAUGACUCUGAGGGCAGCACCAGAGGGAUCAAGAUCCUUCCUAAUGGGACCAGAGUGAGCCCUCCUGUAAGCCCCCUGCUGGAGCGCAGAAACUGGGCUGAAUCACUUGGCAGCUCCAACCAUAGCUCCCAUAAGCCUUUAUUAAGGGAUAGCCCAUCUGAUGAUGUGUUCAAUGAGGGCCUCAGAGAGGAAUCCCUGCUCACAAGUAUCCACCCUGCAGAGUACUACGCUGAAAAACUGGAGGUCUACAACCAGAAAUACUCUUAUUUAAAGUCCUGGCCAGGGCUGCUCAGACUCCUUGCAGGACUUCAGCUCUUAUUUGGGGGCAUGGUGUUUGCCUGUGUCAUCUCCUACAUUCACAAAGACAGUGAGUGGUCAAACACAUAUGGACACUAUAAUGGUGCAUAUAACAACGGGCUGGGCUUGUCUGGUUACAGCUAUACUGGCCCCAUGACUCCCUUCAUACUGGCAGUAGCUGGGCUCUCCUGGAUUAUCACCCUCAUCCUUCUAGUGAUGGGAAUGACUAUGUAUUAUCGCACCAUCCUCCUUGAUGCCCCCUGGUGGCCACUGACGGAGGCUUUCGUCAAUGUGACCCUGUUCCUGCUCUACAUGGCAGCAGGGAUUGUCUACUUGAACGACUUGAACCGCGGGGGGCUGUGCUACAUGACGAUAGGUGUUAACCCCAUCUUGUCCAAUCUGUGUCGUGUUGAUGGGGGCCAGAUGGCGGGGACUGCUUUCAUCUUCAUCAACAUGGCAAUGUAUCUUGGAAGCUUUUUGGUGUGUCUAAAGAUGUGGAGGCAUGAGGCUACACGCAGGGAGAGGGAGUACUAUGAGAACCAGCCCCAGGAGGCGAACCACCCAACCAUCCCACUGACCCUUCAAAAAACAAAGCGCAUAUCAUUCAAGGAUGAAACGGAUAAUUCUCAGAGGAAAGACAUCAACCAACCUGAGCUCUAUUCAGAACGCAAAUGGGCCCCAGUCAGUGGGAACAGAACCACAGCACCUGAAUAUAUUCCUAAAGUGCAUGUUGUUGCCGACUACGUCAUAAAAUAUCCGGAGAUCAGCUGUGUGGAGGAAAGAGAAAAGUACAAAGCUGUGUUCAAUGACCAGUAUCAGGAAUACAAGGACCUCUACAGGGACAUCAGCACCACCCUCAGCAAGUUCAGAGAGCUGGAUGCCAUGAUGGAAAAACUCCUCAGAGGUGGAAAAAGCAAUGAGAGUCAGCAGAGGAUACAAGACCUGUUGAUGACAUUUCAGAAGAAGAAGAAUGACCCUGCUUUUCUGGAGAAAAAGGAGCGCUGUGAAUAUCUGAAAGCUAAAUUGAGCCACAUCAAAAACAGAAUCCGCUCUUUUGACCAGGAAAUGAUGAGAAAUGAAGAGUGAGUUAUCACAUCUCAGUACUAUGAUUCCCCUCCUAUGUACAGCCCCCCUUACAGCACCAACUCCCUCAGCUUCUACCCACCGAGGAGUGUUCACUCCCCACAGAGCCAGUAUGUCCCUUACACUUACAAUGUCCCUCAAGACUCCUACUACCGGGAGGAGAAGCCUCAACUCUUCUACCGCUGGUUUUCUCCUCCUGGAUUUGUUAAAGCCUUUCAGGGAGCCACAGCCCUCAUGUGUUUCCUCAUCUUCGCCUGUGUGGCUUCAACCCUGGUAUGGGACAUGAAUGGAUUUGGGUAUGGGGGCUACGGCAUUGGGGGUUCUGCAGCUGUAGCAGGGGCUGUUGCAGAAGGAUAUUAUGGAGGCAGCUACGGUUACAGUAGCUCAUACAUGACGCCACUGUCUGCAAAGGCGGCUAUGAUUUCCAUGGCGGCCAUUAACUUCCUAGUUUCACUUGGGUUCCUGGUGGCCAGUUUCUCGCGGUCACGGAUAAUGAGGGGAUGCACCUUCUACCUCACAGUGUUCAUCUGUGACAUCAUCUUAGCUGUCCUGCAGGGCAUCAUUGACAUCAUCUUUGUGAUCGGGGUGAACCCGAUGUCUCAGAGCUCACAGAGCAUGCUCUAUAACCCCAUGCUGAUGAUGUGUCAGAACAUCCAGGGUAGCCCAAGCAUCAGUGGCAGUGUGGGGGCCGGUUUUCCAGGAGGGUUCCCUAUGUACAAUCAAUACCUGCACCACUACUGCUACAUGGACCCUGAGGAGGCCGUGGCAUUAGUGUUGGGUUUGAUGGUGGUCAUAGCCCUGUCCUUCUCUGCUUACUACGCCUACAAGACCCGCAGCAAGAUUUGGCGACACGGCAAAGCCAAUGUCUUAUGGGACGAGCCACGGAGCAGAUUGUCUGAGGGGCAGAACGUACAAGAUUGGGUGGACCAUGUUGGAGAUGCACGCAGCACUCAGCAGGCACCAACUGUCGUCGUAUCAGAGAGAGCGACUGCACCUGAGCUGAGGGCGGAGAACAGUGUGGUCUCCUACGGCAACAGGACAGUUAGCAUCCACAGUGAGGGGAAUUAUAAAAGCAACAUUUUCUCAGCAGACAACAGUAACGGUCGAGGUGCAGAGCCUCUGUACCAGAACAGCCAGGUGAUGGUUUGCUCCAGCAGCUCCUCGGACCAGACCGACAGCAUCAGAAAAAAUCACCAUCAUCGUCAUCCUCGUCAUGUAGAGAGGAAGCAGAAGGAGGAUCCCGCGCACAGGCCUGCUGCUCAGGAUGUGAUGGAGUCCCAAUAUGAGACUGGUUACACCACAGGAGACACUGGGAAUGAGCUGGACCGGGACCAUACUGAACACCUGUACAGGCUGUAUCCAGAGAUAACAUCAGACGAGCAGAGGCGUCAGUACAAGAAGGAGUUUGACUCGGAUCUGGCCCGCUACAAAAGCCUUUGCGCCCAAAUGGAUGACAUCAGCGACCAGAUGCACAAGCUGAGUCGAGAGCUCGACAUGUUGGACAGCAGCUCCAUGAAGUACCAGGGUGUGGCAGAUGAAUAUAACCGACUCAAAGAUCAAAAAAGGACACCAGACUAUCAAGCUAAGAAGAGACAUUGCAAAGAACUCCGUCAAAAGCUUUUCCACAUCAAACGUCUGGUGAAAAUCUACGACCAAGGUCUUUGUUAGCAUGUUUAUAAUCUGAACUAACAGCUGUGGAUAAACGCUGACAGUGUGACCUGGCUGGAAAAUAUUAGAGUUUACCCUCCAUAAUGUCUUUAGUUUAAAAGCCUUCCUGUUUGAGCUGUUAUUAUUGCAACCCUGGCCUCAGUGUCACUGAACCUCAGCUGUAUUUGACCCGUGAGUGUACCACUCCUACACAGCUUCUGCAGAUGUCAUGUUAGAUUACUGCUGCUAGCUACUUCACUGUGUGGCUGUAAUACAAAUUCCUUUACAAUAUGGCACUGCUAAAGCUGGAAUCUGUUCUCAGUGUUUUUGGUUAAACUAUUGUUACUGAAUGUGAUAUAAUGGGAACUAAUGCAUGUGAGUUUUAUACAGAAAUGACAUGUAUGAAGAGAAGUAGAAAAGAAAAAUAUUUAAAUAAAUUCAUUAAACUCAUAUUUAAAAAUGAUUCAUUAAUACGCUUAAAAAUUGAUGGUACAUGUUGCAGUGUUUAUUUGGCAUUCUUCAUACAGAUGUAAUUACAACUUUUUUCAAGUAGUUUGCAAAAAAUAAACGAAAAACAAAUGACACUGUCACCUUUUUAUUCUUUUAAUAACAUUGCCAUACACAGAAAACUUUAAAAAUGUAAGAACUCAGUAACACAAAGAUAAGAAAACAUUAAUUAUAUACUUUUUUUUUUAAUUCAGUGAUGAAAUAAUUGAAUGAGUUGUUGCCUAAAAGAUGGAAAUCCAAACAUCGUUCAAAAGGCCUGUUGGUAGAUCAAGAAGCAGGGAUACGCCUGACCUUAAUGCUUAGAUUUAAUUACAGGCUUUACUCUCUUAUAUCUAUCCAUUUCAUAAUUUUGUAAACAUGCAUCUUGAAAUACCAAUUUGAGGUAAAUCCUGGUGGACCAGCAAAUCAAGGCCUGCCUCCUUGCAUUUUGUGAUAUUUUGGCAUUUUAUCCUACA